AAGGAGAACAGCUUGUUACAAUUUUAUCACAGCUCAUUAAGACUGUAGCUGUUGUUUCUUUGCCAUUAAAUCCUGUGGCUGUUUCGCAGGGCUUUCAAAGAGAUGGGGGAGUUGAGAAGAAUUUACCAUGCAUUGUUUCUUGAUGACGCCAACUUUGUGAGGGGGCACAAGAGAACUCCUAGUGAUGCAGAGUUUCGCGAUGCCAUGCGUAAAGAUGCUCAAUCAGCCAUGAACAAGGAACUCAACAAGCUUCUUACAACAGCUCCGCCUGGAUGGCAAGAGCAAGGUCGUAAGGAGUUUGAUGGCUUUGAAAACUUGUUUGGGAGAUUUUUACGUGAGACUGGCCCUUCAGUUGAAUGGGAAAAGUUGAAACUCUUACCACCAGAAGCUAUUAAAAAAUACAAUGAGUUAAGUUCACCGUCGCCUCAAGACACAAAAAAUCUCUUGAAUAACCUGGUUGUGAUCAAACUUAAUGGAGGUCUCGGCACAAGUAUGGGUUGCACCGGACCAAAAAGUGCUAUCCAAGUUCGCAAUGAGCUCACCUUCCUCGACAUGAAUGUGCAGCAGAUAGAGCAUCUCAACAAAACUUAUGGUGUAGAUGUUCCCCUUGUUCUCAUGAACUCUUUCAACACAGAUGAAGACACUCAGAAGAUCCUCAGGAAGUACAGUCAGAUUAAAGUCAGCAUAUUUACAUUCAACCAGAGCAGGUACCCCAGAAUCAACAGAGAUACACUCAUGCCAGUCCCUAGAAGUUUUGGAGAGGAUUCCAUUGAAGGGUGGUACCCCCCAGGUCACGGUGAUGUGUACAACUCCCUGUAUAACUCUGGUCUGCUAGAGAAGUUUAUCAAGGAUGGCAAGAAGUUUAUUUUCAUCUCCAACAUUGACAACAUGGGAGCCACUGUGGACCUCAACAUUCUCAAUUUCUUGGUGAACUCUCCUCAGUCAGAGGCACCAGAGUUUGUUAUGGAGGUGACAGAUAAAACAAGAGCUGAUGUUAAGGGUGGUACAUUAAUAGAGUAUGAAGGAAAACUAAGACUGCUGGAAUAUGCACAAGUCCCAUCAGAUCAUGUUGAUGAGUUUAAAAGUGUCAGUAAAUUCAAGAUAUUCAAUACCAACAAUUUGUGGAUCAGUUUGGAUGCUAUUAAAAGAAAUGUUGAAGAAGAGACCUUACACAUGGAGAUCAUUGUCAAUCCUAAGACUCUAGACAAUGGUAUGAAUGUCAUCCAGCUAGAGACUGCAGUGGGUGCUGCUAUCAAAAGUUUUGACAGAGCUGUAGGCAUCAAUGUGCCACGUAGUCGAUUCUUGCCAGUCAAGACAACAUCAGAUCUGUUAAUAGUGAUGAGCAACUUGUAUGCUAUGAGGACAGGAUCCCUAGAGAUGUCUCCGAAAAGAUCAUUUCCCAGUGUGCCAUUGGUGAAAUUAGGUCACCAGUUCUCUAAGGUAAAAGACUUUUUAAAUCGUUUUGCAAGCAUCCCAGACCUGCUGGAACUUGACCAUCUGACAGUGGCUGGUGAUGUCAACUUUGGCAAGAAUGUUAGUCUGAGGGGCACUGUCAUUAUAAUUGCUAACCAUGGAGAGAAAAUUGACAUUCCAAUGGGCUCUAUACUGGAGAACAAGAUUGUAUCUGGCAAUUUGAGGAUAUUGGAUCAUUAGCAGCCUGUUGACAUCAAGUUACUUACACUAUUACUGUCACUGUUGAUCACUAGUACCACAACACAGGGAACUCAAUUCUCUUUGUCCCAUUCAAGUUGCAGUAUUAUAGGGUAUUUAUUAUUAUCACAAAGGGGUUGAACAUAGUAGCUGUAUCAAAUUUGUUAAUAACAUAGCAUAGUAACUGAAGUGGUUCAUAGCAUAAUUCAAUUACUUCAUCUUUAAUCAGACUAAAUACAACUGGAAAGAGUUAUACAAAAUUGCUGCCAUUUUAUUUCUAUGUUGAUGAUUGGACCUUGGUAGCAGUGAGUGAAUGUACUAGAGUAGUGUUAAUCUAGGGUAUGUGUGUGCAUUAGAUAAGUGUUAAUUUGGUAUUUGUGUGUGUGUUAUCUUAGAUUGAAUGAAAGUAUUGUUCAUCAACUGUAUAUGUUUGAAGUGAAGAACUUUCAGGUGCUAGUUGGAUGCCUGGGAUAGUCACGUAUGUUCACAUCAGUCUUGUUACUUAUGUUCACAUCUGUCUUGUUACUUAUGUUCACAUCAGUCUUGUUACUUGUGGCUUGUCCAGUAAAUGAAAAGACUAGCAGGUUGAAUAGAUUCAAGAUGUAUCACUCAAACUGUUGAUGUUUUAGUAUGUCUGAAAGUCACUUUCCUUCUGUUAUCAGACAGCUGUGAAAUACUUUCAGCUGAAUUGGAAUAUUACCAAGAAAUGUUAGCAAGAAUUGUGUAUCUUUUGCUACUUUGGUGACUUUUAUUUUGGCUACUGUGUAUAUCUAUCUUGUUUCUUCAACACAUAGACUUAUCACUGUUGAGAACAUCUAGCCAUGUUCAUUAUAAUAUAAACAAUAAAGCCUUCAACUAGUGGUUCUCUUGGCCCCUAUAUAUCAUUCUCCAGCAAGUCUACAUAGUAUACAUUUCUGAGAAAAUAUUUAAGAACCUUUAGUUUAAACUGUGUACCUGUAUGAUAGAAUUAAUAUCUACCAUCUGUUUGUGAUUUCAAUUGGUAGUGUCCAUUCACAUUUGGGUGUACAGAUAGAAAUAUAUGUAUAUAUAGAGUUUAUUAUACUUAACAAAUAUAUACCGGUAGUUCUAUUUUUUCAUCUCUCUCUCUUGUUCAUAUACCUUUAUGUACAGCUGGGAAUGUUUAACAUGGGAACUAACUACUUGGGAUACUAAGGGAAGCUUUACAGUAGUGUUUAGAGUGUCACUUUAUUUAAUUAGUAUAAAUAAUUAAAUUCAGUCAUUAAAAGAAAAAAACACUCCAAUAAAAAAUGGUACAAAACUUGCAUUGUCCUUUUUUUCCCCCCCCCUCAAAACUAUUUGGAUCCUAUUGAAAUCUUUGUUCAAACAGUUACAAGAAUUAUUUCUAUGACUUCUCUAGAAAUAUUGUUCUAAUUGACACAUCCUUAGCUGUCUGGAUUGAACUCUAGUUAUUUACCCCUGUUGUUUUUUUUUUUAUAUACUUCUGUUUUUCUCAGCUUUACAGGUUUUAAAAAAAACAACAUUUAUAUCAUGUUUUUACAGACUUUUUUCUUUUAUUUCUUAAUGGCAAUAUAAUAAUUGUGAUACGUUUUAUUAACCAUGGGAAGUUAUUGUCUUGUGAUUUAUGAUAAAUUAAUAUACUUGUCUACUCUUGGGUUGUUUUUUUAUUUAUAUAGAAAUGAGUUUGUACAUCCUAUUUGUUGAUUGCUUUCAAGAAAUAAAUGCAUGUUCUUUCAUAAACGGAUUACUUAGAGGGUGUAAUAACAAUGAUUUACUUGUAUAUUUCUUGUAUUGUACCCCACCCCAUUCACUGGACAAGUGGCUUCCCAGGUCUAUCAUCAUUAAUCAUUUCAUAUAAUAAAGCAUAUUUUAACAAGAAAAAAAAAAA